AUGCUACAGUCGUCGCAGCCUUCACAUUCGCCCCGGGGCUCCAGGUCACCUGAAAAUCACCUGACGUCGACAUCGCUGUCCAUCUCCUUCAACCUCACGCCAGCUCCUGAUUCCCAGCCGCCAUCACCCGUCUCUUCCAUCUUCUCAUCCACGUCCUCCACACAGGCCAGUAUGGCAUCAUCAAAUGGAGUAGAACCGGUGUCUACCGAGGUUGAGAACCACUACUUCAGCUCGAACCCGCCUCCCAAAGACCUGCCUCGUCAUACCAAGCAGGCUGAGGACUUCAUCAAAUUUCAUCAUGCUGCCAACCGCCGCGUAUGCCUCGUCACGUCAGGCGGUACCACCGUGCCCCUGGAGAAGCAGACAGUCCGAUUCAUCGACAACUUCUCCGCAGGUACUCGAGGCGCCACAUCUGCUGAGUACUUCCUCGAAGCUGGCUACGCAGUGAUUUUCCUGCAUCGUCAAUUUUCCUUGCUCCCUUACUCCCGCCACUACAGCCAUGCGACGGACUGCUUUCUGGAUUUCCUCACCGAAGGGCAGGACGGGACCGUCCUUGCCAAGCCCGAGUUCACGCCAAAGAUGCUCUCCGUCCUGCGCAAGUACCAUUCGGCUAGGAGGCAGAACCUUCUGUUGACGGUGCCGUUCGUGACAAUCGGUGACUAUCUUCAUGAACUGCGUGCUAGCGCACGCCUCAUGCAGCCCUUGGGCCCAGAUGGCCUGCUGUACCUUGCCGCGGCGGCGUCUGACUUCUUCCUGCCGCAGGACAGGAUGGCGGAACACAAGAUUCAGAGCACGGAUGCCGCGGACGGGGUGAAGAAGGCGGCAGAGAAGGCGGAGCCAAAGGCGCCGUCGAAGGGAGAUUCGAACGAGGAAGAGACAUUUGACAACUUUGACUCAAGCCCCCAGGUGCCGAGGAGUAAGAGGCUUGUAGUGGACUUGGACCCCGUGCCGAAAUUCUUGAAGAACCUGGUCGAUGGGUGGGCGCCCCAGUGCAUGAUUGUGAGCUUCAAGUUGGAGACGGAUCCAGAAAUCCUCGUGCACAAGGCAAAAUAUGCCCUCGAGCGGUACAGUCACAACCUCGUCAUCGGCAACCUCCUUUCCACCCGCAAAUGGGAGGUCGUCUUCGUCUCGCCCAAUCGUCCAGACAAGUGGAUCCGUGUGCCUUCUGUCCAGACUACGGCAGGCCAUAAGAGGACGAUCAGCGAGACAGAGAAGGAGAAGCCUCUGGAUCCUAGCAUGCUGCCGGAGGGUGAGCCAGAUGUCGAGAUCGAGAGUAUCAUUAUUCCGGCUUUGCAGGAGGUUCAUACUGCUCAUAUUACAGAGGCCAGGAGCAAGGAGAAUGGCGACAAGAAGGCCUGA